AUGCCGCGAUCCCAAAAAGGCAGUCUAUUGGUCUACGACGAGUUUUCCUACGAGUAUCGGCUCCGAAGGCCGAAAGAAGAAGAGCCGCUGGUCGGAGCUCGCGAUAUCGCCGUCAGGUGCUCCAAGGCCGGAUGUCGCGGGACUGGAAGGCUCAAGGUGAACCUCGUGGUCGUCGAGGUUCAGCCCCAUGAUCAUCUACCGCCCGUCGGGCUUCAGCAGGUUACUGCUUUUUUUCUCUGCGCCCUCCUCGUCUCUCGGCGACCCUCUCAUAUUUCCAUGCUAUUUUCUCGUCUGACCUCCCCGGUGAGGGAACAGAUACGCAGACGGGCACACAGUUUCAAGCCGAAAAAAAAAUUCAGAGUCUAUCCAGAAUGUCAUGUAGAAUGACGUCAAAUAAAAAACGCUCGCUGAUGGGUCUUUAGCGCAAAAAGGGGCGGAGCUUGAGCUUUUCAUUCAAAAUCUGAACAGACUAUAAAGAAAAAUACACUUUUUCUCGAUUUUUUAGUAGCUCAGCUUCUAGAAUUUCAGAAGCGCCGAGUGAUGGAGCAGCUGAAGACGUACAAAAGAGAAGGGGAGAGUCUGGAGACGUGCGCCCAGAACGUCCUCGACGCCUUGGACGCCGAAGUUCUCGGAUUCAUGCCCCAGAAGGACUCCAUUAAAAGGACCAUUUUGAGAGCAAGCAAGAGGAAUUGUUAG